AGGACAGCUCUCCCUCCGCGACCGGCCCCCGCUGGAACCGGAGACCCCCUCUGAGCCCGCGCGGCUCCUCGGUGAACUAUUUUCGUCUCUCCACCCACCCCCCCCAAUCCCCACCCCCCCAGCUUCUCUCCUGUCUCCCCCUCCGUCUUCUACGCUGGAUCUUUCGAGCCACAGAAUGUGCGUGGAGAGCGACGGCUGCGAGCUGGAGGGCUGCGGUUUGGACGAGGUGCGCACGCUGUCGGGCAGCAUGAGUCCCGGACUGAAGCCGGACCCGGACCUUCGUCCCUGCAAGCCGGGCCAGAAAUUCCGCGCAGCGCUGCUCCGGUGCCGCACGCCCGCCGUGGCCGCGGGGAUCCUGAGCUUUGGGAACGUCCUCAAUUACAUGGACAGAUACACGGUGGCCGGCGUCCUGCUCGACAUCCAGAACGAUUUCGUCGUGACAGACAGCAACGCGGGCUUGUUGCAAACAGUCUUCAUCUGCAGCUUCAUGGUGGCAGCUCCCAUCUUUGGUUUCCUUGGCGACCGCUUCAGCAGAAAGGUCAUCCUGAGCUGUGGCAUUUUCUUCUGGUCCAUUGUUACCCUGUUGAGCUCAUUCAUCAGCACAAAGUACUACUGGCUGUUUGUGCUCUCCAGAGGACUGGUGGGCAUCGGAGAGUCCAGCUACUCCUCCAUCUCUCCCACCAUCAUUGGAGAUCUGUUCACGAGUAACAAACGCACGAUGAUGCUCUCCAUCUUCUACCUGGCCAUCCCCGUGGGAAGUGGGUUGGGCUACAUCCUGGGCUCCGGAGCCAAGGAUGCUGCUAAAGACUGGCACUGGGCGUUAAGGGUGUCUCCACCUCUGGGCAUCAUCGCCGGAGCUUUGAUCCUGCUCUUUGUGCCGGAGCCAAAGAGAGGCAACAUCGACCAGAUGAGAGGGCGCAUGAAGACCAGCACCUCCUGCUCCUCCUGGCUCUACGACAUAAAAGAACUCUUCAAGAACCGGAGCUACGUGUUCUCCUCCGUGGCGUCGGCAGCUGUGUCCUUUGCCACAGGAGCGUUCGGGAUGUGGAUGCCCAUCUACCUGGUUCGAGCUCAGGUGGUGCAGAAGUUGACCGACCCCUGCGUGUCGGGAGUUUGCCGCAGCACAGACAGCUUCAUCUUCGGGACCAUCACCUGCGUGACGGGGCUGUUGGGCGUGGUCAUCGGGUUCGCCACCACUCGCGUCUGCCGCAAGAAGACAAACCGGGCGGACCCGCUGGUGUGCGCUGUCACCAUGCUGGGCUCAGCCAUCUUCAUCUGCCUCAUCUUCGUGGUGGCCAAGAAGAACAUUUACGGAGCUUACGUUUGCAUCUUCAUCGGAGAGACGCUGCUUUUCGUGAACUGGGCCAUAACAGCAGACAUGUUAAUGUUCGUCGUCGUUCCCACGCGGAGAGCAACGGCGGUCGCCUUCCAGAGCUUCACCUCUCACCUGCUGGGUGACGCAGGAAGUCCGUACCUGAUCGGCCUGAUCUCCGAUGGACUUCAGAAGAGCUUCGCGACCUCAGCGCUCUGGCAGUUCCUCAGUUUGGGCUAUGCCCUCAUGCUGUGUCCCUUCAUCAUCGUCCUGGGGGGCAUGUUUUUCCUGGCCACGGCACUGUUUUUCUUAGAUGACAGGGAGAAGGCUGACAAACAGCUGAACCAGCUGACCCGUCCACCCUCCUCAGUCAAGGUGAUAAGCAAACAAGGAGCCUUCUGAACUCUGUAAGGAUGUUAAAAUGGGGAUAAAGAAGACCGAGGGAGCCACCGUCACGUCCUCCGUCCUUUUGU